GCAACCCUAAGUACUAAUAACUUAACAGUAAUGGGUGAUGUGCUGGAGAUUGGAGAUGCAAGUGAUGUUGCUGUACGUCUCACUCUAAUUGCCAUUUUUCUUUGUAUUUUUCACAGUGAGGGCGAUUGUGGUGAAGGGAAUUGGAAUCGUGUUACCUAAAUUGUGUUAUUCUGGUUGCCAGGUCACUCCCCCUGCUGUUGUUGUCCGUUGUCAUGUCAGGAGAAACAUUGCUGUUUCUCAAGAAAAUGACCACAGAGCCAAACAGCCUGAGCUGCAAAUGAGGUCUAGCUCAUUGAGAUUUUCAGUUGUGUCAACAAACAUGAAGGGAACUCCCACUUAAGUUGGGAGUGCACACGUGACAGAAGAAUAGUUUGAAACACAGCUGAAAGUGAUGUCAGCCUGGGUGGGGGACGGUGUGGUCCUGGAGGGGGAGGGCAGUGGAGUGACCAGCCCCAGCCCCAUCCUUAGCCCCCGCCUGAGGGGCCAAAAGAGAAGCAGCAGCAGCAGCAGCAGCAGCCUACGGAGGCGAGGAGGCUUAGCGUCCCCUGGUGGGUGGGAGGCCCCUCAGCAGCAGCACAGCAUGGACAAGGCCACCGAGCUGUUUGAACUGUGUGACAAAGAGGGCAAGGGCUUCAUCACCAAGCGGGACAUGCAGCGGUUGCAGGGAGAGCUGCCGUUGUCUCCUGACCAGCUCGAGUCAGUGUUUGAGAGUCUGGACAAGGACAGCAACGGAUUCCUCACACCCGUGGAGUUCCACACUGGACUAGGGGAGCUUGUGGGAGAGCAGGAGACGGAGCCGGAGCUGGAGCCAGAGAUGGCCCACACAGAGCCGUCAGCUGCAGCGUCCGAGCGGAAGGUGGACCCUAGGGAGUUGAGGUUCACACAGACCCUGGCUGAGCUGGGGGCAGACACAGUCUUCGCAGAUCAUUGGGAGCUGUGCUCCCUGUGGUCAGGGCUGCAGAGGGAGAGGCCUGAGCUGCUGAAGUUGCUGGAGGAGGUGCUGUCUCAGGCUCUAGCCCACCUACAGGACUCCGUCCGGGAGCGGGACACUUUGGAGCAGGCACUGCGCAGGAGGGAACACGAGCAUGACCGUGAGGUGCGGUCUAUCUAUGAGGACAUGGAGAGCCAGAUUAGAGAGGAGAGAGAGAAACGAAUAGCUCAGGACAGUAUGAAGCCUGUGAACAGAAGUGAGCAGCUGCUGGAGGAGCUGGCGAUGCGUGAACAGGAGCUGGAAUUCGCCCUCACCAAACAGAGAGAGUUGGAGAGUAGGAUAGCCAGUAUGCGUGCGGAGCAGGCGGCCACCCGUGAGCAGAACCAGCGUCUCCACAACCUCAACAAGCAGCUGCAGGAGCACCUGGACACCAACCGGGACGAGCUGCAGACAGCACUACACCAGCUAGAACUGCUGCAGACCAGCGUCAACCAGCACACACAGGGACGUGAAAGAGUGGUGCUGAAGGUGUCCAGGAACAUGCAGAGGGAGCGGGAGAGUCUGACGAGGCAGCUGGACAUGCUCAGGGACAUGAAUAAGAGACUGCGUGAUGAGAAGGACGCACAUCAGUCUCAGAAGAGGAUGUGUGGCACCGAGAAGCGUCCGCUGGAGAAGAAAGGGUCAGUUAUUGGUGACUACAUGCAGCUGAGAGAGACAGCCACUAGGCAACUGACCUCUGCCAAUGAAGGGAGCGACAGCUUUGUGGACCGGCUAGCAGAGGCGAGGGAUACCAGGGCAACAGCCAAUGAGAGGGCAGCGAUUGCUGAUGGAUGUUCAGACAGUGGAGAGUCCCUUUCUCCCACAGGCCCUCGUGUGUCGAGCCCACAGCGGGUGUUCAAGGUGGUGUUCCUGGGGAACUCGGGCGUGGGCAAGAGCUCAUUCAUCCAUCACUGUUGCCAGGGCAACUUCCCCAAUAACCUCAGCUCCACCGUGGGUAUAGAUUUCCAGGUGAGGAGCGUGCAGCUGGAAUCGUCCUCCAUCGCCCUUCAGUUGUGGGACACUGCAGGGCAGGAGAGGUUCCACAGCAUCACUCAGCAGUAUUACCGCAAGGCGGACGGAAUCCUGGCCGUCUAUGACAUCACAAGUGCCCCGUCCUUGCGCUCCCUCACGGGAUGGCUGGACCAGGUGCAGGAAAGGGUGGCAGAGGGUGCUGUGUUGAUGUUGCUUGGGAAUAAAUCAGACAUGGCAGAGAGAGAGGUGCCUCAGACAGAGGGCCAGAAAGUAGCAGAGCGGUACCAGGCUGAGUUCUUCGAGUGCAGUGCCAAAAGUGGACACAACGUGGUGGAAUCCAUGACACGGCUGGCCAGGUUGCUGGCCCAGCAGCAGGACAGGCAGUGUGACAGUGCCCUUCUGCUGGACAGCCAGUCCACCCCUAGAGGGCGCUGCUGUAAAUGACAUGGACAUGUUUGUGGGAGAGGACAGCCGUACGGUGGACGCGGGAUGGGUUGACACAUGGCACAGAGUGGAAAGCAGUUUUCAGGUUGCAGGAGAUAAGAGGUCAAUUCAGAAUCAGACUCCAGUAUUUUUUUUCUUUCCAAAUCUCCAGCAACCCAAAAAAAUGUAGCAAAGAGUAAACCAAUUGUUAUAUGUUGUUUGUUGUGCAGUUCCACAUUUUAUAUGUGUUGUAUUGUGAUCAACAAAAUAAAAGAAUCAUGUGAAACCUUA